CCACCCCCCAAUGCUCGGAUGACGGCCUAUCAGGCUGUCUUGCUGCCUUUUCUCGAGUCUGCCUGCACAAACUCAGCCGUCCACUUUCAACUCUCGAAGACUAGGCCACCACGGACAACCACCACCUCAUGCCGGCAACCAAUAUCCACAGGCUGCGAAGGUUCCUAUUAUUCCCCCAGUUGCCGGUGGAACUCCAGGACCACAUAUGGGAUAUCGCCGCACAGCCCUUCGGCAGCCAUGGACAGCUGCAUACAUUUUUCGCCGCGGAUCAUUAUUGCAAACAAGAGACUGAGGCCUUGCGAGUCGGCAGUGAUCCCCUUCGGUUUGGUCCUAGGGGAACUGUGAAGGAGAGGUCGUUUAACCUGCUUGUGCCAUGGGACGACGAAGACGGCCAUGUCAACACAUCUGCAUACAACGCAAUCUGCGGGCUGUGGACAGCCUGUCGGGCAUCGCGCAAAGCUCUUGAGCGACGCCACCCAAGAAACGAGUGGUGGUCAGAUAUUCCAGGGCCCGAGUCAAAUUGUCCUACCCGUAAUGCUGGGCCAGGAGGGUAUCUCAACGAUCCAGACGCCUCUCACACCGCUUCGUAUAUCGAUCGAGAGGAAAGAGCCCAGCACAUCACGAUAUGGCCUGAGAGAGAUAUCGUGCAUAUCGCUAUCCCACGGGGACGCGACCUCGCCGAUUGGUUCUACCACUACGCCGGUGACCACGUCCCCCUGCUUGAUAAGAGAUCCGAUGCAGGAGAUUCAGAAGCCCACCCGAGCUUCGUGGGCAUGAACGUUGCGAUUGACUAUAAUCCCAGGUGGUUCUCUUGGCCUCCUGCGUAUCUUGCUGAUACCCUUGAAGUAUUCCACGAUAAUACUUUGCGAAAGGUGUGGUUCAUCGACCGCCGACUGCGCCAACGCCAACCUGUUCGCGACUGGCCGGGUGAUUUGCAGACGUUUUACUCUUGUGGCUACGUCUUCACUGAGGUCCGUGAGAAUCAACAGAAUCUGUGGGUGAUGCAGGGCGGCUCUCUCGGUGCGUCUGUCUUUGACUUCUUUAGUCUCCUGGCACGAGAACACGGCCGUGUGGUGAUAGAGGGGUCUACACGAGUCGGGGUAUUGGCGUGCGAGCCAGAUCCCAAGUGGUAGGCAGGAUAGGAUCAUCAAAAUUGCAUAUAUAGAAAUAAUAGAACUAA